AUGAACCGCCUCCUCGAACAGACCAACGGCGCUGCCUCGCCCAUAUCCGAGGCCCUGGUCCCCCAUCGCCCUCCCCCAAAGCCAGAGCACGACCGCGCAUCGUGGCCCAAACUGCCCCCGCCAGAAAUCUUCAAAGUCUCCCAGCUCUUUGAUGCCUCGCCCCCGGCCUCACUGCCCCCCUAUCCACCACCCACGCCGCCAACACCAGCAGAGUCGGCUGCUUCGGCCGCCGCCGCCGCCUUUGCCGACAGCCAUGAAAGCAUCACCUACCACCCUCUCAUCACAGACGCCCUGCACUCGCUCCUCCUCUGCCACGCCCUCAUCCAAACCCCACCAAAAGAGCAUCUCCGACACGCCCACAAUGCCGCCCGCCUCGCCCGUGUCUGCGACGGAUACCCAAUCUUCCUCGCUGCACGCUCGCCCGCCCGCGCAGACUGGAUCGAAGUGCUGCGCCGCGCCGGAAACUGGAUCGGUCUAUCUACCUCGUGGGAAAAUCUAUGUCGACCAGCUCCGCUACCAGGCCACUCCAACACCACUACCCCCACCACCAAUAGCAACAACCACAGCAACAGCAAUGGCACCCACAAAAACGGCACUACAACCGACGUGCUAGGCAAAAACGGCGUGAGCACGCCACAACCCCAGACAGAAACGCCGUCGCAGCGGCGCGAACGCCAAAAACACGAAGCCAUUCUCGAAGCCCUCGCCGACGAGCGCGUCGUAGACGAAGAGUCGUUCCAGCGCGCUGUGCGUGCCCGCGAGCGCCGAAACAGAGAAGACGACGAACUGGAGAAGAAACGCCAACAGCAUCAACAACAACAACAACAGCAACAGCAACAGCAACAGCAUACCUACGACUCCAGCACCACAGUCGAUGAAAACGGGACCUCUACCCCUUCUUCCACCCCACCACCACCGCAACCCCAGCUAAAGCGCUGGGCCCAAGAUGACGGCAGAGAAUACCCCAUUUCGACGGAGCGCGCAGAAGCAAUCAGCCGCUGGGUGCGCGACGCCCCGCCCGUCAGCGAAGCCAGCACCUCUUCUUCUACCGGCGCACUCAAGAAGAAGAGGACAAAAACCAAGGGCAGGAAAACAACUGGUUUCAACCCUUCUUCUACUUCUGCUUCUGCUACUACUACUACUACUACUACUACUACUACUACUACUACUACUACUAUUACUACUACUACUACGACUGUGAAUUCAGGACUCCAGGAGAAUCUCGAGGCGUUGAGUUUUGGCGUCCACGAGGAAGAGGAGGAGGUGGAUGAUUGA